AUGGAAGUGAGUUUUUUCACAGCGCUAGAGACGCAGAGGAACUAGACGGAGAGAGACGGGAAUUCACGACCAUACAAUGCGCCCGUUGAGUCAAACGCGAGACGACGAGAGUAUUUUGCAAAAAUAUCCCGAAAAUGAAUUUCGCUUCGAGAUAUUUUCAAUAAAACAUGUUGUGUUCCUUGAAACAAAAUACGGUAUUUUUUCAAAGGGACACAUAUUUUCUCAAAAAUAUCUCGAAGCGAUGUCUUUCUCUGUCUUAGAUGACGUCAUCAGACUCUCGUCGUCUCUCGUCUGACCCGACGGGCAAUUGGAGUAAAUGGUCGUGGGAUGAGACUCUGAGAGAAAAAGAACAUAUGGCUAGAGACGCAGAGAGCAUUGCUCAUGUUAGCCCAAAUUUUUCAGCCAGAAAAAGAGACCAAAUUAGACGAAUCAAAUGAAUCCUUGAUGUUUCUCAUCGAAAAUUCGACGACAAAAGAUGCGAAUGUUCAAAAAGAGUUUGCGAAACAUUUGCAAAUUCUGAACGAUCAAAUUGGCGCCUAUCAAUGGGCGCUGAAAAAACGAUUCGGUUUUGAUGAGAGCAGUUGGAGACAUAUGUCGAGAAGGUGAGGGCGAAGAUUGGGAAUUUUUGAUAGUAAACAAGGCUAGGGUUACUGUAGGGUAUUCAAGGUUACUGUAAUUGGAAGAUGAUUUUUGUUUUGUAGAAUGACAUUUCUGAAAAUCGAAGGUUUCGAUGUUCGAACAAAUACUCGAAAAGCAAAGGAGAAAAAAGCGACGCCGCAAGAAAACAAAGAAACAAAACUCGAACAAAUACUUUUGAAAAAGAAGGCGAAGACUAAGAAAAAGAAGGGGCCAGGUGCUGAUUAA